AAGCACGCAUCUCCCGCAACAGCACUCAGUAGCCUGUCUAUCGUUGAGGAGGUUGGUGAAGCGCAGUUCGAGUCGUCUGGACUGCUGCGAUCGUUCGAAGACAAUAUAAUAGUAGCGGUUGACAGUCAGCAAGUGGCACUACAAGUACAAGUGCAAAUCGUUUUAGUUCGUGCGAAAUUUGCAUUUCCAUCUUAACUAACCAUAUUGAUUGGAGUUCCAUCUACAAACCAGCGAUAAAAUUAAGAAUUCUGGACUCCAUGCAAUAGUUUUAUUGGAAAAAAUGAAGUGGAUAAUAGUUAUGUGUGCUUUGCUCUCCGUGGGAAUGGCCCAGUCCCUUCGUCGCCGGACGAAUUCCGCCCGAACUACAACGCCUGCCAGUAGCGUCGCACCGAACGAUUUCAUCGAUGAUCGAAACUGCCGGGGUUCACCCAACAGCGAUGGCAGCACGGAUCCGUGGCAGUGUCUCUGCGAUCAGCUUACAUAUGAGCGCAGAGAAUGCGAGCAAAACGUACACAGGCUUCUAAAAGCCAAUCCCAACUUUAAACUCUGCAUGGACCAACAGCACCAUUACCUCGCGGUGAGCCAGAAGUGUCACUAUGACGCCAACUGGGACACUUCCAACGACCCGGCCGGAAAAGCGAUGCAGUUCGCGUUGGACCUCUUCCGCACUGCUGAUAGUGAAAUUUCAAUGAAAAAUUUCAUUAUCAGCCCAAUAUCGCCGCAGAUCCUGCUCGCUCAGCUAGUGGAAGGUUGCUCCGAGCCAGCACGAAUCGAAAUGAUCAAAACAUUGCGCUUGAAUAGGGGAGAAAUCAAGUCACUAACGGAUUCACUCCACAACGCGGCCAACACCGGUUCCGCUGACAACAAACUUGACAUUGCAUCAAUAUUUUUUAAAUCAGUCGAUGUGAAUCUAACCGAAAAAUUCAACGGCGCUCGAAAGGAAAAUAUAAUUAAAAUGCGAGAUUUGGAUUUCUCUAAAACGAAUCAAGCCGUGCAGGAAGUCAAUGAAUGGGUCAGUCAAAUGACUAGAGGAAACAUUCCAGAAGCCGUUUCUGCAGAAAACCUGGCCCCGGACACCGCACUGCUACUGCUGAACGCUAUCUACUUCAAGGGAACCUGGCUGUACAAAUUCAACGAAUCCGACACAAACAAGCGUGACUCAUUUCACGUUAGUAAAACUCAGAAGAUGCCAGCCAUAAUGAUGUCACAAUCGAAUCGACUGCGUUUCGGUGACAUUAGCUUCGGCCAGUAUUCGGACCCGGACUGGGGUCUGCGUUGGGUCGAACUGCCGUACCAGGGGGACAAGCUCGCGAUGAUACUGCUGCUCCCGAAGGCUCGCCAUCAGCUGGAUGAAACGUUGAAGCAGGUGAACAGCACCCAUCUACAGGACAUUUUUCGUGUUAUUCGACGUGAUUACAAUCCGACAAUGAUUCACGUGAAGGUGCCCAAAUUCCGCAUUCGAGACUCAACGUCGUUGGUGCUUCCGCUGCAAAAGCUCGGUAUCAAACGAAUAUUCGAAGAUAACAAUGCUUUGUCCGAACUGUCCAGCACUCCUACCAAGGUAUCGGACGUGAAGCAGGAAGCGUUCCUCAGUGUGGACGAGAAAGGAACCAUAGCAACCGCCGUCACGAAGAUUACGAUUAUUCCGCUCAGCCUAAGCGGUUACGAGGAUAUUGACUUCGUGUGCGACGAACCGUUCAUGGUAAUGAUUGUCGACAAGACACGGGAGAUUCCGCUCCUGAUGGCCAAGGUGAGACAGCCCCAGAAGCCGAAAGCGAACAACUGAAAAUCUACAAUACUCAUUUGUAAUUUGAUUUCCUAAAAUAUAAUAUACACCCAUGCAUAUUUGCUGGUUUCUACGGACGCACGUUUCAACAAGCAAGCAAGCAAGCAUUAAUU